AUGGAUUUGCCUCCUCCGUCCAAGCACCACCAGCACACCCCUCACGUAUCUUUGAGGGUAGACACACCAAUGAAUGACACUUUAUCGGUAGUCCACUCUGAGCUUUCCUUAGAUGCCGCUCUAGAUUCUUUAUCAGCACCCGAACUACGUCAACUCUUACGUCUUGCUGUACAGAAGCAUCCUUCCUUUGCUUCCGAGAUCGCUUUGGGACAUGCACAAAAAGCCUCGCAUGAAACAAGGAAAACAGUCAACUUCGUACAUUACAGCAAUAGCGUCUGGCAUACCCUGAACGCCAAACAUCACCUCAACCCGGAAAAACGACGACAACAUGCCGACAGGGCGGUGCAGAGUGUCGCAAAUGACAUAGUGACUGUUGCCACUCAGGUAGGAAGGGAAAGCUCACUCGUCUCAAAGAAGAGUGCUCUGGAGGCCUUACGGAAGAUAGGCAGGAGCAUCUGUCUUGCCACAGGUGCUGUAGGCGACAGAGUGAAAGAAGCGGUGGGAUCUGACAAGAUGUUUGUGGACGCCAUUGUAAAAGUGGCAUCGAGCUUUACAGAGGAUGAUCGACGAACGCUAUGGGCUGGUGGAAGUGCGACUGAGAUUCUGAAACGUCUUGAUCAGUUGGACGAGUUGAGAGCAUGUUAUCAUGUCUUUGAUGGAUUCGAUGUUGUGCUAAAGCAGUUGAAGAGGGAAGACAGUCUGGACGGAAGUGUGUAUUGCUAA